AUGGACGCAGAAGAGUUGAUCGAAUCCAUCAUCAGAGCUUUCAUGUUUCUGGCAGGAGUCGUUGGGAACAGCUGGCUGGCGAUUCGCUCCCUUCCUGGACAGAAAUCAGGCCUCCGCACAAAUGAGAUCCUCUUCAUCAACUUGGCUUUCUCCAACCUCAUCACCAACUACCUGGUGGACUUGCCUGACACAAUGGCAGACUUUUCUGGUCGCUGGUUCCUUGGGGAAGCUUUCUGUGGUGUGUUCCUUUUUUGUGCUGACCUUUCUGAAACCAGCAGCAUCUACACGACAUUGUUCAUCUGCAUUUAUUGGCACCAGAAGCUUGUCGGAUCCCUAAAGCGAGGUGGGGCUCCAGUGCAGCUAGACAGCCUUUGCUUGGUUGGUUGUCUCUUGGCUGGUAGCUGGACUAUGGCUCUGGCUUUUGGUAUUCCACAUUUCUUCUUCGUGACAAUCAAGGUAUCAAAUGACAGCAAUGAAGACUGUGUAGAUCUCUUCCCAAAUGCAUUUGUUACACAAACCUACGAUGUCUUUUAUCUAACUCUGGCGAAUGCUCUUCCUGUGGCUGGGAUUGUGUUUACAAGUGUCCAGAUUGUCAUAACUCUGCUUCGAAACCAGCGACGCAUUCGGAAUCUCAACUGUGACACUACCAAGGAGAUGGCUGAGGAAGUCAACAGUCCUAACAUCAGGGAUAGUGACCCAUCAGUCAGCACUGUUUCUGGUCCAAGUACUUCAAAAGAUGCAAAGGAAUUGAAAUCCCUGACCAACAUCUAUAUGGGCCUGAAUGGUACUACCGGUCCAAAUGGAGGCCUGUCAGGUCAAAGCUCUAAGAGCUCCCCCUCCAAGGACAGGGAACCAAACACAGGCAGCAGAGCUGAAGCUCCCCCAACUCUCUCAAAGCCAAACCAGAUGCCGGCUAAAUCCAGCUCCAGUUCAACCUCUCAGGUGAGGGCAGCCAAGAGUGUGGUGGCGGUAGCAAGUGUGUUCCUGGUCUGCUGGCUGACUCAUAUACUUCUGCGCAUCACCAACAACAUCCACACCUCUUCAUUAGUGGUGGAGGUGGCCAGUUAUGUUGCAGCCUCCUACACCUGCAUUAUUCCAUAUAUAUUCCUGCAUGGAGUGAAAAAGCUGUCUUGCUCAUGCAAACGUUAG